GUCCCACCCCGACACCUUCCGCCAGGCAUGAACCCAUUGCACAAGCGCAGGUCCUGUGGUCCAACCCCAUCAGCACAACAGCAGCCAUCUCCUGCCCGCAGCCCCAGGGGAGGCCAUCUUGCAAAUUCCUGCACGCUGGGGAAAUCACCUCCACGCUCCUGGAAAAGAAAAGCGCAGCCAUGCGUGCCUGGCAGCUCUGAGCACAGCAAGUUGCAGAAGUGGGUGCAGGAGAUGACUUCUGGUGAACUUCUCGGCACAGAUGGCUCAUCCCAUGCCAGGGCUGGGGGCACGUGCCGCUUCAAAUACAAAAUCCAAGUCCUCCUUCCUGCUUUCUCCUUUUUGAGGAAAGCUUUUGCGAACCAGAAGCCAAGAGACAGGUUUGUUUUUGCUCGCGUUCUGUCACUUUGAUGGUUGAGACAGUCACAUCGAAAUGCAAGAAAAAAAAAUGCAAAAGCUAAAAGCAGAUUAUGCUUCUGGCAUUUCGCUUCCUAUUCAUCAACAACUAACCAGAAGCUGUUGUAAUUUCUGUUGCUUCGCACAUGCUCCGGUCCCCAAAUUUUGGCAGCACCUAGGAAAGACUUCUAGGAAAGCAGCUUUACCAUCAGAAAUGCCUUUUGCGAGAAAGAAGUCGUUAAUGCAGACAGGAUCAGGGCCGGCCCUCUGAGAGCAGGAGGUUCCCCAAUCCUCCCUGCAUCCUGCAGAGCAGACAGCGCCGGGCUGUGCACAGCAGAUACCUUACAGCUAGACACUUGCCUCCUGGAUCCUUGGCUUGGUGCGGAAGAGGAGCCUCAACAUCUCCAGUGCUUUAGGCUGCUAUUCUCCCAUAGUUUGCAAGCUGGCUUCUGAACCCAGAGCUCUCUGCAGCGCCCAGACUGCCACAAGAACCCCAAGUAGUAGUUACGUCACUGGGAUGUAUUUUGGGAGUUUUGCUGAAAGGAAACUGCGGUUUCAUGUGGGGAAAUUGCACUGUGUGGUGAUGGCUGCACAGCACCAUCAACUCAACACGAACACCAGAUGACUUCUGGGUGCUCUGUCAUGGCUCUUUCCACCAGCAAAUCUCAGCAGGCUUUCCAAGAGGACACGUACUGUGGUCCCACGUCACAGACAGAGCAACGUGAGGCAGCAUAUAGCAGCUGAGCCCCUUCAGCCCUAAAGUUACACUGCUCUUCUUCUGAGCGCCACAAACGCUGUUUCCAGCAUCAGUCCCCCAGUGCUGGAUUGCAGCUCUCCAGGAAACGGGUCAGAAGGAGCUGUUUUCUGCCUCUGCCCCACGCUGGAGUCUCAGCUCGGCCACCUGCAUCCUGCUGCAUCAGGGCUUUUAGAAAGUGCUGUGAGGCCCCAUGUGAGCCCAGCACACUGACAUCUGGAGCAUGCAGUACAGCACAAGAACACGCGACGGGCAGGAGAAAGCCAGGCUGAACCAGCCUUCCCAUAUCACACUUCCAGAAGAUCUGAGUUUGACCUCUGGGGAGAUCUCAGCUGCUUGUAAACCUUAUUCCAUAUCAGGUACGUGGUGCUCCCACUGCAGAGCUUGGGGCAAACGGGAAGUAGGAGGUGCACAGGAAAGAAAUGCACUUUUUGCUGCUGUGAAGACUAAAGAAGCAGUGGGACCUCUGUCUGGAACUGUUUUUUUGUUGUUUUUCUUUUAAAGUGGUAGUUCUCAAAAAGGGGAACUUACAAAGCGAAGAAACCUCACCAGCCACUGCCUUCCCUCAUGCACAAACUUUAUUUGGACAAGGCUGAUGGCUGCUGUUGUGCGCAACCAAAGAACUGAGCAGAACCACGUCCGUUUGCCUCUGCUUCUCUGGUGGGUGCCCCCAGGAGCUCUCUGGGAGCAGUCAGGUACAUUCCCUGCCCUAGGAACCCACCAGGCAACCAUCCCUGCUGCAAGCCAAGGGCUGUCCCUGCCCACAGUCAGCACUGGGCACAGGCUGCCAGGGCUGCCAGGGGCUGAGGAGGCACCAACAGAAGGAAUGUGGCCACAAACACACUCAGCCCUCGAGGCAGAAGCCAUUUUGAUGCAAAAGGAAGCAACAAGUUGUUCACAAGCAGCUCACUGUCUUACUAUCUAUCAGCUCUUCAGGGGGGUGAUGCUGGUUUCCUGCACAGGAUGCUGCACCCCAACACUUCCCAGCAUUCCUGCAGCUGCUCCAAGCCCUGCUGGGAGCAGUGGAAUGUCACCACAUGCCCACACCGUGCCCUGUGCAGCACAGCCAUCAUAUCAACCCUGCACCUCCUAUUGCUCUAAGCAGCAACAACAAUUUGAAACCACAAGCAGGUCUAAAACCCUUCUGCCUAAGACCUCUUCUCUUAGAAUCACAGAAUCACUGAGGUUGGAAAAGACCCCUAGUAUCCAUCAAGCCAUCACCGCCAUGCCCACUGACCACGUCCCCCAGUGUCACAUCAGGAGCCCUGGUGUUUGGGAUUGUAUUUGUCACCUUAACACAUUAGCUAAACAGUCCACUUUUACCCUGUUUGGUGUUCAGAAGGAGCAGUUCCACCCGUGUUUUUGUUGUUGUUGUUGUUGUUGUGUUUUUUUUUUUUUUUUUAGUGGGUGCUUUCUUUUAGCACAGCAAAAGUUCACUUCUUUUGUAUGCCAGAAAAUGAUCCACACCUCCUUCUGUGGAGGUGGAGGGAGAAGUAACAGGAAGGAAAUGCUGCAGAAUCCUGGAGGACACAAAUAGAUGUUGGUGCUCCUGGGCAACGAGAGGAGCAGCAGGAACAGUGUGGGACCUCUGGCAGGGCAGUGGGCAGCAGGUACCAGGGGUACAGCACAGGCUGUCCUGUGCCAUUGUGCUGUGCCACUGUCCUCUCCCAUUGCCACGUCCCACUGCGGGAUGCAGAGGGAGGAAGGCAGCGGGCUCCCCGGGGCCAGCUGGGCACAUUCCAGCAGGUGGCACUCGGAGCUUCUGCAAAGUCCUGAACAAGCAGGAAGGGCUCAUUUUGUAACCAUCUGUGGAACAGACGGCGCCCCGAAAUGGGGGGUUAGGAACUGAUAGAGGGAUAAAGCCUGAGGUGGAAGAAAGGAAGAGGUAGAAAUUGGCCAUGGCAAGGCAAGCCAUGCUCUAUAACGUCCCCAUGCAUCCGCUCAGCUGGUUCUUGACUCGUUGGAGCAGGAGCACCAAAACAUUGGCCUGUUGCCACAUUUUUCUAAAUGCAGAACGUUACCCUUAGGAACCAGCACUGAGGCACGACCUGAGCGCGCUGCGCAGCCACGCUGCCCUCACACAAAACACGCAGGCUCUUUCUGGCUGAAUCUGAGAACACAGCACUGCUUUCACCACGAGCUGUUUGCUGCCCCUGGAGCUGUCAUGGGAUGUGGAAACUAUUCUAUCACAUUGAUGCAGGAAUUCCACACUCCUCCCACCACGCAGGCUGUGAGGAGCUUUCUACUUGCAAGAUGUGCAAGAAGACAGCACAUUUUCAGACUGUCUCUUAGGCAGCUUCUUUUCCCCCCUGUGCUUGCAGAGCACCAAGCAUCGCUCUGCUCGCACGCAGCAGCAGCAGCCCCACACACCCAGCACAGAGCCAACCUGGCUCAGCGCACCUCCCUGUGUGCACACACCCAGCACACUGCAACCAGCCCAGCCAGAGCAGUGCAGCAAGGAAAUCGAUAGCACCCCAUCUCAGAGCGCUUAUGGAGCACAAAAAAAUUCCGUUCAGCCAGUUCAGUGUUCCCAGACCUGUGUUAGAAGCUGUGCUGCUUUCAAGUACAAACAAGGGACAAGCGCUCUCAUUUUUGGUACCUGAAGGUGAGGACUUUUCCCACACGGCACAAAGCUCAUUCCUUUGAACUUUGGUGGGCAGAUGGAUGACACAGGUUUCCUCCAUAUGGCAAAAGAGGUUUUGUGUAGUUGGUUUUUUUUGCCAGUGAAAGAGGCUUCUGGGAGAUGGACCUUGCGGCAAUUUCUAUUAAUCAAUGAGGUGGAUUGGAAAUGGAAGAGGAGAAAGCAGAGCAGAGUUCUGAUCGGUCAGAUAUCAAUGUGCGGGAGGGCCAUUCCCAGACCUGCCUUCCUCACAUGCACUCCUGCAAAAUGACCCCUCUUCAAUUAUUCAUUAGAGCCUGCAACUUAUCAGAGAGGCUCUGCUUCUCAAGCAGGCAUUUCGUUGCUGUGUUUUUAAGGAGCUCAGACACUUGCUGUUAACCAUCGCCUGCCCCGCUGAGCACAAAGAGCUGUUGGGCACUGCACUGAAAACAAAACCACGCGAUGACUUCAGCUGGCAUCACAGAGCAGCCAGCUCGGCCCAGAGCUCCGCCACUGCCAGGCUGAAAGACUACACAUGGAAAGAUGCAAUCCCUGCAGCCGGGCCAGGAGGGUUUGCAGGCAGGCUGUGCUGUUCUGCACCCAGGGCUCAGGGACGCAACCAGCAAGAGCACACUUUGCUACGCAGCUGGAAGGAACAAGGAGGGGCACUGGGCAGAGGAUGCCUUUGCUGAGAUACCUGUCUCUUCCCACACUCAGCAGCUUUCUGACUCUUGCAGAAAACUGCAGCAGCUGUGCAAACACAGCAGGUCGCUGCUUCAAAGAAGAGUGCUCCGUUUGUUUGUUUUAAAAGCUUCUCGUGAAGAGGCUGCGAUCGGAGCCGCAUUCUGUGUGAGGAUCCCUCCGCCGCCCUCCUGUUGGUGCUCAGCCUCCAGCUGGAGGUCCCUGCGGUGCUGAGCGCACAGCUGGGCAGAGCGGGCUGCUGGAGAGCACAGCUGUGACCAAGCACCAAUGCACUGCGCUGCGAUGGAGCGCCUCAUGCUUGGCAUGACAGCAGCUCCCUGCUCCUGUCUCAAAGGUCUCUUUUAUGGCAUAAAGCAGAGCUGGAAGAGGUUACUCAUUCACCUCCCCAGGUUUCACUGCGCGCUGUGAUUAUCACCCAAGAACAAACUGCUCAGUGCUCCCAGCGUUACCUCCAGAGAGUGGGCACACUCAGUGCUGUAAAUCCACUCCUCUGCUCUUCAUUAUGAAGUGAUUUCACUAAUUGGGUGCUGUACUUUCAUGUACAAUUCCUCACACUCAGCACCUUCGGGGAGAACGUGCUCACCCCUCAGCAAAGCUGGCUGUAAAACCCCAAUGACGACAGGUUCUGUUUUUCCACUCAAUUUGAGUCCUCUGUUGCCAUUCGCAGCUGAACAAGGACCGAUCUUCAGCCUACCUGACAAUUAAAUCUAGAGAACAUAAGAGAGAAUGAGGUUUGGUCCCUGGAGAGCAGCGCACGGCGCUGGCAAUUAGUCCCUGGCACAGAGCAGCUGUGGGAGCAAAGCAAGAGACCUUCUGCUGCGCUGGGGAAGUUGCACUGAAAGUGUAUCAAGGGCACUGCUGAUGGCUGAAAGCCAGUGCCAAAUUGUUUGAACACCACCAUCAACAGGGAGAAAAGCAAAAGCAGACACACUUGCACCCAUCUUGUCCAAAGUUCUCCUGCUCAAUGCGGUUGGAUCAGCAAUCCAACAACUUUGCUGAUGAUACGAAGUUGGGAGGAUUGGCUGACACGCCU